CCCCGGGGGUAUUUAAGGCCGCCCCCCGGCGGCUGCCCCGGGGCCGGUGCGAUGGCUGAGGAGGCGAUGGAGAGCUACCUGUAUGCCGCCUACCACCCCUACUCCUACCGCUACCCGCCGCCCAAGGGCAAAGGCGGGGCGGCGGGCGGCUGGCGGCCGCGGGGCGGUGGCUACUUCUCGGGCUACGGGGAGGCGGCGGCGGCCGCCGAGUACUUCGACAACUACCAGCGGGCACAGCUGAAGGCCAUCCUCUCCCAGGUCAACCCCAACCUGACGCCGCGGCUCCGCAAGGCCAACACCAAGGAGGUGGGCGUCCAGGUCAACCCGCGGCAGGACGCCUCCGUGCAGUGCUCCCUCGGGCCCCGCACGCUGCUGCGCCGCCGCCCCGGCCCCCCCGCUGGGCCGCGGCCCCGCGAGCCGGAGCAGGAGCAGGGCAGCCCCGCCACCACCAGCACCCGCGCCGUGCGCUUCCCCCGCACCAUCGCCGUCUACUCGCCCAUGGCGUCCCGCAGACUCACCGCCUUCCUGGAGGAGCCGGAGCCGCAGCCGGAGCGGCGGCCGCAGCAGGAGGGGGCGGCGGCCGUCGAGGAGGAGCCGGCCGCGCUGCGGGAGCAGCGGGAGGCGGAGGCGGCCGCCGUGCGGGCGAGCUGGGAGAAGCCCCCCGAGGCCGGCGCCGAGCCGCUGGGGCAGCGCCCGGCCGAGCCGCUGGGGCAGCGCCCGGCCGCCACCCCGGAGCCGCCGGCGGCGGGGCCGGAGGAGAGCCGGGAGGAGAGCCGGGAGGAGGAGGCGGCGGCGGCGGCAGCAGCAGCGCGGGCAGAGCCGCCAGCUGCCCCCCAGAAGCGGGAGCCGGCGGCGGGCAAGACCCGCCUGCGCUUCCAGUUCCUGGAGCAGAAGUACGGCUACUACCACUGCAAGGACUGCAACAUCCGCUGGGAGAGCGCAUACGUCUGGUGCGUCCAGGGCACCAACAAGGUCUAUUUCCGGCAGUUCUGCCGGACCUGCCAGAAGUCCUACAACCCGUACCGCGUGGAGGACAUCACCUGCCAGAGCUGCAAGCAGACGAGGUGCACCUGCCCCGUGAAGAUGCGCCACGUGGAUCCCAAGAGGCCCCACCGCCAGGACCUCUGUGGGAGGUGCAAAGGGAAACGCCUCUCCUGCGAUAGCACAUUCAGUUUCAAAUACAUCAUCUGA